AAAGCAAACGACGGAUUCCUUAUAGUGGAGGGAAUCGGAGCCAUCGGUGCCCUCAAAGUGACCGUCAGUUCUGGCAAAAAGUCUUUGACGAUUAGCAAUGUCUACGGCUUGGGUGCGGGCGCUGUGACCGACAUUAAUGGCGGCAAAAAUGGUAACAAAAAUGUGGACGAAAAACAAGAAGUGAAGACAAUUACCGAACCUUUAUAUGAGAAAUAUAUGAAUUCGUUGUCAACGAAGGACUCUUCGGCCGGUCUAUUGGUCUUAGCCGAAGGCGGAAACGCUGGGGAGGCUGUGAUCGCCACCCGUGAGGGUCACCUCGAUGUUAAGGGCGCCUCCGGUUUCAAACUCGGAUCCUAUACUGAGAUCUCGAUCAGCGGUUAAAACUAAUUAUAACACAAAUCUUAAGCAUUUCUAAACCAAUAAUAUUUGCCACAAAUUAAUAAUAAUUUAUUAUAAUUUAUAAAAAAUAAUAAAAA